AUGGAAGAUAUAAAUUCUGUUUGUUUACUAGAAUGGAGAAAAUUUGAUUGGAAUAUUAUAAAAGAGGAUAUCCAUUCACCAAAAGCCUAUGCUUGGAAGAUAUUUAUUUUAGCUGAAAUAUAUUCACAAUAUGAUACUUUUAUCUACAUGGAUACUUCAAUAGUUAUUGAUGAAGCAAAAUCCCUUGACCCAGUCUUUGAGGGUAUUAAAGGUGGAAAAGUAUCUGAAGCUAUUUUCUUUGGAGGUAAAAUAUUGACGAUUAUUUGAUUAUUUUCGAUUGGAGAUUUUGAUUGAUUUAUUGUUGGGAAAUU